AUGACCCAUUUGCUGAAUAGCAGUAGCAAUGUUCUCAGUUUUAUAAAAAGUGUCCAUUUUAUGAAUACAGCAGGGCAAGAGGUAUAUUUUGACAUGAAUGGUGAUAUGCCAAACCAGUAUGACAUCCAAAACUUUCAGUUUUUCUUGAAUGGGACAAGUCGGAAUGUAAAAGUAGGCUUCUUCAAGUCAUGGGCCCCAACCGAUGAGCAGAUUCAAAUAGAUACAGCAGCCAUUUUGUGGAAUGAUGGUGCUACAAAGGUCCCCCAUGCUGUGUGCAGUGAAAGCUGUGACCCAGGAUAUAGGAAAUCUAUUCGGAAAGCACAGCCCAUCUGCUGCUUUGAUUGCAUCCAGUGCACUGAGGGGAAAAUGUCUAAUCAAACAGACAGUAAUGACUGCAUAAAGUGCCCAGAUGAUGAAUGGCCAACCAAUGAACAAAGCAAAUGUAUUCCAAAAAUCAUUGAGUUCUUGUCUUACAAGGAACCAUUUGGGGCAUCAUUAGCUGUUGUCAGUAUCUGCUCUUCUGCCAUCACUGCUUCUGUUCUGUGCAUCUUUGUUAAGUUCAGAGACACUCCAGUUAUCAAGGCCAACAAUCGUGACCUGAGUUAUCUGCUGUUACUUUUACUCUUUUUCUGCUUCCUCUGUUCUUUGUUAUUUAUUGGUCAUCCUGAAACAGUAACCUGUCUAAUGCAGCAAGUUGCUUUUGGUUUAAUUUUUACUUUCAGUGUCUCCUGUAUAAUGGCAAAAACAAUCACAGUCAUUGUUGCUUUCACUGCUUCCAAACCCAACAGCUCCAUGAAGAAGUGGGCUGGAAAACAAAUACCAGGUUUAGUGAUUAUCUUGUGUUCCUUAGGCCAAAUUAUAAUAUGUACUACCUGGUUAUCUCUGUAUCCACCCUAUCUGAAUGACAAUAUGAAAAUAAGACCAGGAAAGGUUAUAGUUGAAUGCCAGGUUGGGUCAUCUGUAGCAUUUGCUUGCAUGAUGGGAUAUAUGGGAUUUUUGGGAAUGCUGUGUUUUGCAAUAGCAUUCCUGGCAAGGAAGCUGCCAGAUACCUUUAAUGAGGCACAAAUGAUCACCACUAGCAUGUUCAUUUUCCUCAGUGUUUGGACAUCUUUCAUCCCUGCUUACCUGAGUACACAGGGAAAGUACAUGGUUGCUGUGGAAGUGUUUGCUAUCUUGGCUUCAAGUGCUGGGUUACUGUUUUCAAUAUUCAUUCCUAAAUGCUACAUUGUGCUGCUAAGGCCUGAGAAGAACACCAGGAAACACAUAACUGGAAAGGCAAAUGACAGAGCAAACUAA